UAAACGGGUACUAAAUUCGCGGUGUUUAAACGCUGUUUUUAAAUAUGCAUUGAUAUUAAAUUUUAGUUUAUAUGGCUAAUUAUGUAAAAGUAUAGUGCCUAAUUAUGUAGUAAAAACUUAAAAGGCAUAUUGUAAGAAAUGAAAAAUCGCAAGUAUUAUGUUCUCAACUCAACGCAGUUGAGAAUGAUGCUUUAGGCAUUAUAACACUGCAGUUUGGUAUUUCGAAGAAAUAAAUUAGGAUGGUUGUUGUGUAUUACUGUGACGCAAGUACGUCUGUGUCACCAUUUCGGAAAAAAAGGCAUGUGACGCAAAUAUAUCGUUGUAACGCUUCUUGUUACUAUGGCCGGCAAAAUUUAAAGGAUCCAAGACUUAAGAAGAAAGGAAUUGAUGAAAAUUUAAGAUGUGAAGAUAUAUGUCAUUAUUUGUCACAAUGUAAAGACGAGAAAAUCAAAUCUGAAAAUAUAUUUUCUAUAUUUAAAUAUAGAAAAAAAUGUGAUCCAAAAAAAUCUGCAAAGCCUACAAAAAUUUAUAGAGAAAAUCAUUCGACUGAACCUCACGAAAAUGGUAUUCCACAUGAAAAUACUGGUAGCAUGAACCAAGGUUAUAUUCACACAAGUGAAAAAAUUUCCACUCCUAAAAAAAUUACUUGUAGGACGAGUGUACCAUCUCCUCCAUGUUAUUUAACUGAAGAUAAUCUUGAUGAACAUGUUAGAAAAUAUAGAGACAUGCCGAAUUUGGAUUAUUAUAUAGAUCCAUAUAGAUCUCGACAAAAUCCCAUAUAUUCAAUUACUUCAAAAUAUAUUGAAAAAAACUUCUCCAAGUGUACCACAGAAAGAAAUAAUAAGUUCAGAAAUAUUUUUAGACGGAAACAGAAACGAAAAUUGAAAAAAAAACGAAACAAAGAUAUAUCCGGCACAAAAAGGGAUCUAAAACAUAAAUCAUCAUUAAAUACAUUAGAUGAGAGAGACAUGUCAAAACAAAGAUAUAAGUGUGGUAGAAAAUGUGGCCAAUAUUCUGUUGAAAAUAACUUCUCCAUGAGUUCCAGAGAAAGAAGUCAUAAGAUCAGAAAUAUUUUUAGAAUGAAACAAAAACGAAAAUUAAAUAAAAAUCAAAACGACGAUACAGCCUAUACAAAUAAUAACAAUAUUGAUAAUACUAUUUUAAAAACAGAAUUAAAACAUAAAUCUUACGACACGACGGAGACAGAGUCAAUAUCAAAACAACGCUACAAGGGUGGUAGAAAUAGUGGCCAAUAUUCUUUUACUUCUAAUAAGCAAAAGGCGCCAAUUUUGAGUAAUUUUCUAAAACGUUUUAAUACAAUUGACAAAAAAGAUCGAACUAAUAUAAAAACAAGAAGAGAUAAAGAAUUUGUUAAUGAAAAAGGAUUAACAUUAACGAUGUCACCUAAACAUCGACAUAAUAAACCAUCUUUAGCUACAAACGAAGAUCAUGAAAUAAAAUAUAGCGAUGAACAAUGGAUUAAGAAAAGUAAAGAAAAGCCGGGAAAAAAUAUAAUAAGAACUUCUGAACAAAUUUCCCCUAAUGCAGAAAUAAAUAAAGAAAUUGAAAAAACUGACGACGAUCCCUUGUCUAGUACAUUGAAACGAGUGAAAAAACCUAAAUCUGGUGUUAAGAAAUGUAGUGUAAUUUCACAAACAGGUGACCCUACAUUGGAUGUAAAAGUACUGAAUGUUGAUGACACCCAUAUGAAGGUGUUAAAUCCAAAACAAGUAAAAAAUCAAUUGAAAACGUUAGGUUACGCAAACAUAGAAGAAUGUAUUUGUGAGCAUCGCAAUAUUUUAGAUGAGUUCCUAAGAAAAAGAAAGGCAUGUAGAGGCGGUAAAUGUAAAAGUACAUGCUUGCGACCGGGUAAAUAUUGCGCAUGUUAUAAUGAUGAUCUCAUUAACGAAAUUCAACUUCAAAAUCAAUAUACAAAUAUUUACAAACAAAAUGGAGGGCAGUGUGACGCAAUUCGACGUAAUGAUGACUGUUCAUGUAAUAAGAUGACUUCUGAGGCAACCAAAAACAGAGGUGACUGCUCAUGUAGCGUAAUGAAAAGUAAUUUAAUGGAAUAUGGCAAAAAGCCUACAUGCAAUAUAGUGGAAGGUCAAACAGUCGACCGAUCAUGUUACCCUACAUUAAACAUAGAUGUAGAUCCAAUCGAUAUGACUGUUAAAAAUGAAAAACAAGUGAAAGAUACAGUAAAAUAUAUGGGCACAUUACAUCCGAAUCCACAAUGUAUUUGUAAAUCUCGUGAAUUAGUUCAAGAUUACUUCAGAAAAAGACUGAUUAGAAGUAGAACACAUAAAUCUCGGAAGAAAUUUGAUAAAAAUAUAAAAAAAACGAAGAUAGAUAAAGGUAUACAAAUUUCAAUUGAAGGCAAUUUACAAAAUCAAUUUAAACCUAAAGACAAUAAUCUAAACUGUAAAUGUGGUGAAAACACUUUAAUUAGAAAAGAUACCCAAGUCUAUAGUAAAUCAGAUAAUUUGUUAUCAAAUAGAAAUACUAUGAGGAAAAGAAGCGAAAAGAAAAAGAAAUCAAACUGGCCGAAAGGUCAAAAAAUUACUACAAAUAAAUCUGAUAACAUUGUUCCUAAGGAAAUGAAAUCAAAUAAAAAAUAUAAUUAUCACAGAGUAGACAUUACAAACCCUGAUACAAUUUCGAAUAAAAGUAAACCUUUUAAACCAAAUGCGAAACCAAGUUCAACAACAAUCACAUUUAAUAAAGCUGAAAAAGAAAAUAAUAUAAAAAGAUUUUUCAAUAAAUUGUUUCCGAAAUGCAUACUAAAUCUAAAUUCGGUUAGUAAAAAUCUUCGUGGGCAAUCUAAUUGCAAAUGCAUUAUACCGAGUGAGUGUCAGUGUUUGGCCAAAAAAAUUAAGAAACAGCCUGAAUUAGUUGCAAAGAAAAAGGGCGUUUCAACCAAUAACAAAGUUGAAACACCAAAAAAGAGACAGGUCGAAUUUGCUCCAGAGAAAACAAAAAAUAAAGUUAAAGCAUCAGACAAGAGACAAAUUGCAGUAGUUCAAAAGAGAAGCAAAUCAUCAACGGAUAACAAAGUUAAACCAUCAAAAAUGAGACAAGUUGAAGUAGUUCAAAAUAAAAGUAAAUCAUCAACACAUAACAAGGUUGAACCAUCAAACAAAAGACAGGUUAAAGUAGUAUCACAGAAAACCAAAUCAACACAUGACAAAGUUGAAUCAUCAAUAUCAACAAAUAAGAAAGUGAAAACAUCAAACAAAAGACAAACAUCAAACAAGAGACAAGCAUCAAACAAGAGACAAGCAUCAAACGAGAGACAAGCAUCAAAAAACAGGAGAUCAGUUAAUAAGAAACAACCUAAAACGUCAGUUAGGGUAAAAAAGAAAAUCGCAAAAAAGGGAACAGCUUAUUUAGUAAAGCAAAAUAAGAAAAACCGUGAGGCAUUAAAAAAGAAAAAGCAUGCUGAAAAGGCUCAAAAAACAAAAAUAAAAUCAUUAGAAAAGCAACAACUUAGGGAUUUAAAAAAAAGGGAAAAACAAAAACAUAAUGAUGAGAAACUUGAAAUGAAAAAAGAAAAAAUGAUGAGUAAAAAACAAUAUAAAGCUGAGAAGAAAUUACAAAAAGAAUUGGAAAAAGAUAGUAAAAAUGCUGCUAAGAAAUGGAGGAAAGACCAAAAGUUAAAACAGAAACAAAUCCAGGAAUUGAUGGAAUCUAGAGGCAAUACCUCUGAAGAAACAUCUCUUAUCGCAGAGGUUUGUAAGAUAUUUGUGUCUAUUACUGGAAGAAGUGCUGUUGGGUUGUUAAAAGCAUCCGGCCGUUUACUUUUCAAACCCAAAACGUCUUAUUAUUACGUAAAAGACCGAGCAAGAGAUCCAAAUGGAACAUUUCUAAAAAUAAAAAAGGCUAUAAGUGAAGAGUAUAGAUUUGCAAAACUAAAAUUGGAUUAUGCUGCUGCAGGAUCUACCAGGUUCAACGUUAUUUCAGAUACGAUCAAUGAUCAUCCUUUUGUCGAAGCAUUUAAGACUGGAAGGGCUAAAGAGGAUAGAGAAGUGCUAAAAAUUAAAAGUAAGGAAAGAAAAUUAAGAAUAGCGCAGAGGAAUAAAGUUAUAUUUAAUUGUCAACACGGUAUUCUCUUAACGUUGAGGAAGCAUCCGUGUUUCUGCUGUUACCAUUUAUUUCCAAAUUUGUAUCCACAAAUCCUCAGCUUGGCAAAGUUCUUUAGAGAUUUUGGACAUGUCUGCUUGUUCACAAUGGCUUUGUGUUGUUGGACGCCCUGUAUUGUUACCAUUGAAUUAGUGAGAGCUCUGUGUUGUUGUAUGUUUUGUACUGGUUAAAUGAAUUUGAAACUAAAAGUCAUGUUAUUUGAUAGGUUUCCCAGUCUGUCCCUACCAAAUAUGAGUUUACAUCAGUUUAGGAACAUAUUGGACGAAAACCAAUCUCUGGCCCUCUUAAAUACAAUAAAUAUAGGCGCAGACG